AGACAGAGCAAGACCCUGUCCCCUAAAAGAAACAAAUGAUAAAUGAAAGAAGACAGACAUGUAAGAUGACUACAUUUCUGUAAUUACACUUAUGUUAAAUUUCUAGAAAAGGCAAAACUGUAGAGAUAGAAAGCAAAUUGGUGAUUGGCUGAAAUGGGUGGUAGUAAGUAGUGACUACACACAGGCACAAGGAAGUUCUUUUGGGUAGUGGAGGUAUUUCAAAGUGGAUUGCAGUGAUAGUUGCACAAUUUUAUGAAUUUACUAAAUCUCAUUGAACUAGAUACUUAAUACAGGUGAAUUUUAUGUCAUGUAAAUUAUACCUCAAUAAAGCUGUUAAAAAAAUAAAGAGGAUAGGUGAGUUACUGUUACUGAGAUGAAAUUAGCACUAGUUUUUAGUCCCAGGCACUUCUACAUUAUUCUAUUAUGGAACUCCUUUUGCAUCAAAGAAAAACAAGACUGAUUGUGAAAUAUUAUGAAUAUUUGAAAACAUGAUAGUAUUUGAGGAAUAACAGUUACAAAAUCUACGAGAGCAGCAUGUAUUAUGCUGCCUACACCUGAGAUAAGGAAAAUGCUCUUGAGUCACAUGGAAUGGUACCUAGAUAACUGUAUUUUUUGUUUUAGAAUAGUUUGAUCCUUACGGUACAAUAUCUUUAUGAUAAAUGUGGUAGAUAAUCUCCAAAAAUGACUGCCAAUGAACCAAGCCUCCCAAUGUUCAUGCCCUUUUGUGGCCUUUCUGCUGGCCCUAUGACUUACUUUUGACCAAUAGAAUGCUUACUUUGACCAAUAGAAUAGAAUGAUGCCAACGACCGCUAAGAUCACAAGAAGCGUUCCAGUUUCUGCUUUGGUUUCUUACAACAUAAACAGCUCGAGGAAGCCAGCCACUGUGUAGGAAGUUUGACUACCUGAGACUUCCAUUCUGUGAGGAAGCCCAAGCUAACCACAUGUAGAAGGAGGGACGGACAGAGAGACAGAGAGAGACAGAGACUGACAGAGCUAGAGAGAUGACUGGCGAGCCCCCGGGUGUUCCAGUUAUCCCAGCCUAGACUCUGCAUAUAUGAGGAAACAAGCCAUCUUGGACAUCCAGCCCAGUUGAGCCUUUGGUUGACUCCACCCCUGCUGAUAUCUGACUGUAACAACAUGAAAGAGUUCAAAUGAGAGCUGCCCAGCUGAGCCCAGUGAAUUCACAAGUUGUAUAUCUUAAGGCACUGUGUUUUGGAGUGGUUUGUUACACAGCAAUAGAUAAUCCUGAUGGAAUGAGAGAUGGAAGACAGAGUGGCAUUGUAACAAAGAUGUUUCAGGUAGACUGUGAACCACCAAAUAUAGAGCCUUCGGAAGACAGUGUUGAAAAUGUUCUCAAAGCUUCAUCGAAGCAGGCGAGUAAUGAAACGGAAUUAAAAAAUGGAAUUGUUGGAUCAAAACUGAAGAAGAAACAUAAGAACACUGAAAACAAACAUAGUUGGAAUGUUAACUUUAGAAAGUUUCCAGACCUCGAGGUAGGUGAAAGAAGUGACCCUAGAACUUUGAAAGAUCUUCGCUUCUCAGGAAGUCCAAUGGAAAUCCCAGCUUACCAUGAAGCAUCAAGGUCUAGACCCUCUACACGCCAGCCCCAGCCCCCUGGUUUUGCACAUAUAAGGAGCCGGAAGAGUUUGACAAGCACGGAGAUCAUGAGAAUUCAGAGGGAGUCAGACUUUCUGAGGUGUGCCGGUUGCCUUGCCUCUCGUCCAUCUGAUCCCUUUGCUCGCUUCUGUCAAGAAUGUGGCUCUCCUGUCCCGCCCAUAUAUGGCUAUCAUCUCCCACCUCCUGAAGCAGCUCAGAGGGGCUUAUGUACAGAAUGUGGAAGCAUGGUUCCUAUGAACACUCCGUACUGUGUGGUGUGUGAGGCCCCUCUUGCUCUACAGCUGCAGCCACAGCCCAGCCGUCGCAUGAAGGAGAAGAUAAUCUGCAGGACUUGUGGCACGGGGAAUCCUCCUCACCUGAGAUACUGUGUUACCUGUGAAGGGCCUCUGCCUUCAUCACAUGAGUCAAUGCGCGGUGGGGAUAGAGCCCCUUCUCUGUCCACUCAUAGAGGAGAGGCGAUUUCCUGCUCCAGCUGUGGUCACAUGAAUCUCCGGGAGGUGACCUUCUGCGACUGGUGUGGAGCCAGGCUUGGCAUUCCUUCUGGCUCCUCUGUUUGCCCUAACUGUAGGGCUAACAACCACCUGUCUGCCCGAUUCUGUGGCUCCUGUGGUUUUUAUGUGAAGUCUUCGGCAAGACUUAGCUUGGAUGGCGGCCUGGCUCUAGUUGCUGAGGAACCUCGCCAUUAUUCUGAGCCCCCAUCUGCCUGGCAUUCCCUAUAUUUUCCUUUGCCCAAAUCUUAUUCUGAGACUAAGAAGGACAUAGGCACGCAGACCGUUGGCCUGUUCUACCCAUCCGGCAAGCUAAUAGCAAAGAAGGAUCUGGAACUGGCUGCUCAAAAGCAGAAGCAGGAGAAAAUGAGUGACCACAGACCUUUCAUCACAGCUGUCAGCCCAGGAAGAGGAUACUGGAGAAAACAGUUGGAGCACAUCUCUGCUCACCUCCGGUCUUAUGCUCAGAACAACCCUGAAUUUCGGGCUUUAAUUGCCGAACCCAGGAUGGGUAAGCUUCUCUCUGCUACUGUCCAUGAAGAUGGUUAUGAAGUUAGCAUCAGGCUGAAUUAUAAUCAAGUCUCAAACAAGAGCGUUUAUGUGAACAAGGCAGAGAAUUUCAGUGACUACUUCCUGAGCUGUGCCAUUGACGAUGGUCAUGGGCUAUAUGACAGAAGGGCCAGCUGGGCAAAUGACUACAUGCACGGUGCCUCAGAAAUCCCUGACAAAGUCAUGAGGGCAAGGAAUUACAAGACUAAAAACUUUCCAGAAAAGAAGAAGCAGCUUAUACCUGAAAACAGACUCCUGCUGAAGGAAGUCGGACCAACAGGGGAAGGGAGAAUCUCUGUGAUUGAACAGCUGCUGGAUGAAGGAGCAGACCCCAACUGCUGUGAUAAGGAAGAUCGACCCGUGAUAACUGUGGCUGUUGUGAAUAGGCACCAUGAAGUGAUUCCAGUUCUUGUGCAGAGAGGAGCAGACAUUGACCAGCCAUGGGGACCGCUCAGAAAUACAGCUCUUCAUGAAGCAACUUUACUUGGCCUGGCGGGAAGGGAGAGCAUCACCACUCUACUGGGAUGCAAUGCAAGCAUCCAAAAGAAGAAUGCAACAGGCCAGACGGCAUACGACCUGGCUCUGAGCAUUGGGGAUGAUCUUAUCUCCUCACUCUUUGCUGCUAAGUUUGACCAAGGGUUUCAGGACCAGCUCGUCCGCCCCAGGAGCCUCAGCCUGGAUGACCGUUAGGCCCAAGGCACACAGCCUUGGCUAUUUGUUCGUUUCUUUCCAAAAUGUGUAUUUGACUUUAGAACUUGAGUUUUUUAAUUUCCAAUCAUGUUUCUUCCGAUCGUUUUUUUUUUUCAUUUCGUCAUACUACGUGGGUACAAAUGUUU